GGUGGGAAACCGGAAUCAAAAUACCGGUUUUCGUAUUUAUUCAUCCGUGCCCGCGGGUUCCACACGCCUGAUGUGCGUGUGUGUGGUGCUCGGUCGUGGUGCUGAUGCUGCUGCUGCCGCUGGUGCUGCUGGUCGCUGGUCUGGGUGUUAUUCUGCUGCAGACACAUCAUGGGACGGUUGGUGCUUCAGGCUGGUCUGGCGGUUUGUUUGCUGAUAACAUUAGCGAGCAGCCAAAAUGAAACGAUUUCCACUGCCACGUCUGGCACGGUGGCGGAUACGGGCGUGGACAGGCUGCAGCGAAGUUCGCAACAGUUUGCGCUACAGUUUUACCAGCACGUCACCGAGCUGGUCGACUACAAUCCAAACAUAACGACGGUCAACAUCAUCGUGUCGCCGUUUUCGGCCUGGAAUCUGCUGACCUUGAUAACGGAGGGCGCAUCCGGGCGGACACUGGACGAGCUGCUGGUCGCGCUGGAUGUACGGCAGCAGGAACAGAUACGCAACUUUUACAAACCAUUCGUACAAAGCUUGAGUGCUUUCGGGGGGAAUAUUUCCAGCCGGCUCGAUCGAGAUGUGCAGCUCGCAUCGGCCCAGUACGUCAUCACGGACGAAAACCGGCCGGUGUCGAAGGAUUUCGAAACGAAUUUGGACACGUUCUACAGCCCAACCGUGCUGCAGCCGAUGAAUUUUGCCGACCGUAAUCAAACGUACGAGCGCGUGAAUCAACUCGUUUACGACGCCACCAACGGCCAGAUACCGAAAGCGAUCGAGCUGAGCGAUCUGGAGGAGGCGCGAUUGAUUAUGCUGUCGGUCCUCUUCUUCCAAGGCCAAUGGACGAUCCCAUUCAAUCGAUCAUUCACCACGAACGUGCCGUUCUACGAUGAAAACGAGCAACCGAUCGGUAUGGUGCAGAUGAUGUUCCAGCGGGGCAUUUUCCCGUUCGCUGGCUACAAGGAGCUGGAUGCACAGAUUCUCGAGCUUCCGUACGGGGCGAAUCGAAUGCUUAGCAUGCUGCUUAUCAUGCCCCGGAAGGGAGUUCCGCUUGUGGAGGUGAUCCGCAAGCUGAGCGGAUAUGGUGUGGAUCGUGUGUUCGAGGAGCUUGACCGCAGCUUGGUGGACUUUGACGACGACGAGGUGGAGGUACAUUUGCCAAAGUUUGAGUUCAGUUCCGACUACAACUUGAUACCCAUCUUGAAUCAGAUGGGCAUUCGGGAAGCAUUCGAUUCCGGGGCCGCCAACUUCGGCAAAAUCUCAGACCUCAACGCAAUCUACGUCAGCAGCGUCAUACAGCAAACCAAAAUCGUUGUCAACGAGGAGGGCACAAUGACGGCCGCCGUCACGACCGGUGUCUUUGCGAAUAAGGCCACACCGCCACGCUUCCUCGCGAACCGUCCGUUCGGGUUUAUGAUCGUGAAUCGACCGCAGAAGACGAUCCUGUUUGCCGGCCAGGUUAAGCGACCCAAUUUGGUUUAAGUCCGCGCUGAAACAUUUUCGGAAAACAUGGGAUGCGGUAGAUGGUAGAGCAAGCAAAUAAAUGGCAGCAGUAUUUUGUGGUUUAAUA